AGAUAGCUAAGUAGAGACAAUUGCACACAGCAUUACCAGCACGAUGACAAUGGAAGAACGCUCUAGCGGUAUCGAGGAUGGCUCUCCAGUUAUUUCGACUGGUGCUACAAUUAAUACAACUAAUGGUUCGAAUAAUCCCAAGAUCAAAGCAUAUGAACGCACAACAGACGCUUCCUAUCCUCUUCAACGAACUAGCAAACGCUCUUUUGACGUCGCAUUUCUCGUUGCACCCGAUGAAAAAAUGAUAAAGCGGCAAUCGGAGAAGCUCGUGAACCUCCAGUUUUGCACUAAUCAAUUUGUGAACGAUUCCAUCACACAACAUGAAAGAUCCGUUACUGAUGAUCAAGUCGAUGACUCUCACGAGUACGAGCAGAGCGAUAAAAUACCGCAAAAUAUGACGAUUAAACACUUUGAAAGUAUCGAAGCGUCGAAGUUUAAAAUAAGACGGUGUGAGGAUAAGCAGACUACCUUAUCACCCUAUGUUACAAUGAAGCGAAGAUUAACAUCAAACUCGUCGAGUUUGUCACCCGAACCGCAUCUUACACCUCACCUUUACGCUGAAUCGGUACACAUUCAAAAGAGUCCAAGUCCACCUGGUGUUUUUCAAAGAACUCUCCACGUUCGCAAAGUCUUUGUCGACGAGAAGAACAACGAUCGGCCAAUUGGUCAAACUCUAAUGAUACCAGGAUCUCGCAACAAGAGCAAUUGUGAGAACAUGUCUUGCCUCGACAGACUGCAAGGGGAUACCAGAAGUGCAUUUACUAAAGUCAAUCUAGCGGUUCAACGCGGCAGUUUAAUGGGCGUGAGUCCCGGCUCUAGUAAUAUCAAUUUCGAGGACGGCACGGGCUCGCCAAGAUCAUCUGUUUCCCCGGACGUCAUUACCUACCAAAAUAGUCUCAGUCCACCGAUUGCCAUGUCAUCCAGCAACGGCAGCGGGGGAUCAUUCAACAACAAGUACGCAUCCCCCUUCCCUACGAAGAUGCCGUAUCCCUUUUUGAUGUCCCCGGAUAGUCAGCAAACAACUUUAUUAGAUAAACUGAAGCUCGGUCAGCAUUUGGCAAAUCAAACACCGCCAAAGGUACCAAGCCCGAAAAUCCCAAAUACUGGAUUCAGACCCGAGCUGCCCUCGGUUGUUUAUCCGAACUUACCUUACAAUUCAUUGUCCACGGUUUUUCCGCCCAUUGGUGAUGCCCUGGUGAGGCCUCGCUUCCUCGCCGCUGGGCUUUUGCCCUCCUCCUUCGCCGCCCUCGCUCUACCGGCUCAAAACGUUUGCGCCAAGUGCAAUCUCUCCUUUCGCAUGACGUCCGAUUUAGUUUACCAUAUGCGUAGUCAUCACAAAAACGAGAGUGUGGGCGAGGCGGCACGCAGAAGGCGAGAGGAGAAGCUGCGCUGCCCAGUGUGUGAUGAAAGCUUUCGAGAAAGACAUCAUCUAACGAGGCACAUGACCGCUCAUCAGGACAAGGAGAGCGACGCAGUGGUCGAUCAAGUUGAGAUUAAGAGGCGAUCCGCCGCGACACUCCUCCAUGGGAAGUGACGUCGUA